GUUGGCUGCCAGUCUCCCACGCCACAGCACCACGCAACCGCACUGCAUAUACCACCGCACAGCAGCAGCAGUGCGAGCGAGCAUCAUCGUCCUCCACCCCCAUAUGGGAUAGCCGUGUCCCUCUUCCUCCUCUGCCGCUGCCCCGCGCCUUUCCGGAUUAAUUGCCGCCCACAACGCCCAGCGCAUGCACACGCACGCACCCGGCAUAGUUUAGUGUAGGGUCGCCGUGCUCGCACAAGCAAGAAGGCGCGGCCAGCGGCCUGCUACUAGUAGCGCCUCUCGCCUCCGCGGCCAUGGCUGCACCCGCGCUGGCCAAGCGCCCCUGCAGCAACCCCUCCUCCUCCGCUUCCUGUCGCGAGGCCAAGCGGCUCCGCGCGGCGGCGCCGGCGCCCAUGGAGAGGCACGACGAGGCUGCCGCUGCUGCCGACGCGGCGACGACGACGUCGCAGUCGCAGUCGCAGCCGCUGCUCCCGGGGCUGCCCGACCACCUCGCGCAGCUCUGCCUCUCGACGCUCCCGCCGCGCCUGAUGCACGCUGUCUGCCGCCCGUGGCGCCGCCUCCUCUACGCGCCGUCGUUCCCGCCGUUCCUGUCCCUGUACGCACUGCUUGAGGACGCCGGCAACGGCGGGGCGUCCUUCGCUGCCUACGACCCGAUCGCCGCGCGGUGGGACUGUCUGCCGGCGCCGCCUAUGCCGUCGCCGCCCCCGACGCUCUGCCACCCGUCGUUCCUCUCCCGCCGGCUGCCGCUCCAGUCCGUGGCCGCGGCGGGGCAGCUCGUCCUCGUCGCGGGGUCCACGCAGUCGCUCCACCCGGCGCUGUGCCGCCCGCUCGUCUUCGACCCGGCCGCCGCGCCCGGGCCGCGAUGGCAGGUCGGCCCGCGGGUCCCGCUCGCCCCGCGCAGGUGGUGUGCGGCGGGCGCGGCGCGGGGGCGCGUGUUCGUCGCGGGCGGCGUGGGCGCCGGCUACGACCUCGCCGUCGCGCGCUCCGGGGCGACGUGGGACCCCGCCACGCCGUCCGCGCCGUGGGAGCCGCUCCCGCCGCUGCGGGACGGGCGGUUCAGCCGGGACGCGGCCGAGGCCGUGUGCUCGGGCGGGAAGGUCUGCAUGGUCAACCUACGCGGCAGCGGCGCCAAGGAGGGCGCGGUGUUCGACCUCGUGGCCGGGCGGUGGGAAGACAUGCCGCCCGGCAUGCUGGCCGGGUGGAAGGGCCCCGCCGCGGCGUCCCCGGACAGCGGCGACACGAUCUUCGUCGUGGACGAGGAGCGCGGCGCGCUCAACGCCUACGACUGGGGAUCCGACCGGUGGACGACGGUCGCGGAGGCGGGGCGGCUCAAGGGCGCGGCGGAGAUGGCCGCGGGCGGCGGAAGGGUGUGCGUAGUGGCCGACGGCGGCGCGAAGGUGGUGGUCGUGGACGUGACGCCCAAGGGGAGGAUGAGGGGCUCCACGACGCCGGCGCCGCCGCGCAUGUGGGAGGUGGAGGCGCCGGCCGGGCGGCGGGUGGUGUCGCUGCACGUGCUGCCCAGGAUGACGCGCCCCGAGUAGGCUUCCUCCCUCCUUUCCCGCCACUGUACAAAGUACAAACAAACUAGAAAAACAAAAGGCUCUCCCUUUGGUUCGUCUUCUCUUCUUGCUGCGGCGAAUCCGCAUCGGCACCGCCUUGUGCAGUACUCCUAUGUCGUAGUACAUGUUCAUUUUAGGAGUGGAUUUCGAGAUUUUGAUUUUCGAGGGGUAGACGCUAGAUUUCCAGUUUUUGAUUCUUGCGUUCUUCUGUACUGAUCCUCUGGUCCUCUCUGUCCAUAUAGCAAAAGCAGGAUUCGAGAUUUUUUUUCCGGUU